AUGGGAAUUGGCCGAGAACAAAGUGCUGGAGUCAAGGGAAUAUUACUCUGUAAAGGACAGCCGGCUUACAAGGUUGAGGUCAAGCUAUAUGAUGAAGAUUUUGGUAGGUUCUGCUUUGUAUAUCUUUGAAAGUACCUACCCUACUCUAAACUACCCUACCCUAUAAUACCCUACUCUACCGUACCCUAAACUGAUAUACUAUAUCUUGUAACAUACCAUGGUAAAUUUAGUGAUUUACUAAACUUUACUUUGUGACAUAGCAAAAAAUACUCUGUAAAUUAAUACCAUGGUAAACCAUGUACUGUACUAUGUUAUGCUCAGUGAUAUACAACAAUUUAGCCUGAGGUAUACCAUAGUAUACUUACUACACUACCUUGUAACAUUCCAAAAUCAAAAAAUAUACCUCUUAACCUUAAAACCAAUAAUUUCAGGCCUAGACCUAGAUGACCUAUUAGACAGUGGCUUCACAAACGCUUUGGGCGAGUUUCAACUCCAAGGCUCAACCCAUGAAUUCAUGACAAUCGACCCAAAACUCAACAUAUACCACGAUUGUGAGGAUUCAUUGGUAAGUAAUAACUUUCUUUUUAAACAUUUUUUGGCAAAAUACAUAUUAAGUAAUUCAAAUAAUUCGGUGCCCCCUCUCAUAAUAAGACUUUUCUUGUAAAAAGGUAACAUAUACCAAAGAUUUUCUUACAAAAAGUAGACCACCCAAGUAAAUCAAAAGACAUAAAUUAUAUUAACCUACCUCCCUUUCAGCCCUGCCAACGCAAAUUCUCGAUAGAAAUCCCAGAACGCUACGUUUUCGAUGGGGAACGGCCCGGCUUCGUCUAUGACAUUGGAGUGGUCGAGUUGGCAGGGGAAAUGCCUGACGAAAGCCGUGAUUGUCUACAUUAA